AUGGUUUGUUUUCGAUCGGAAUCCAACACUGAGAGCAAGGGCUCUAGUUUACAAGGCGGAAAUCCAAAUGGGUCUGGAGAAGGUACUAGAAUCAGGGAGACUACAUCGGCCAAUCUUUCGGGGCAUCGCACAUCUUCCGUUCUACUUGCUACAGCGGUCGUUCUAGUGGAGGACGACAAUGGUGUUUCUCAUCCAGCGAGGGCGCUGCUGGAUUCAGGAUCAGAAUCGAACUUCGUAUCGGAAAACCUCAUGCAGCUGUUACAGGUUCAGCGCCGGCAGGCAGACGUCUCAGUUCAAGGUAUUGGGCAAGCAGUAGCAAGAGUGAAGCACAAGGCCAAUCUUCUCGUCAAAUCAAGGAUUUCAAACUCUCGAUACAGGAUGGAUUUCUUGGUACUUCCAACAGUCACAGCGGAUUUACCAACUUCGAGCGUCAACGUUAAUGGAUGGAAAUUGCCAGACGUCGAGCUAGCCGAUCCAACAUUCUUCGAAACUAGGUCGGUCGACAUGGUGCUUGGGAUUGAACACUUCUUCUCAUUCUUCAAGGCCGGAAAAAGGAUGCAAUUGGGAAAUGGUCUUCCUACAUUCACCGAGACGGUAUUUGGUUGGAUUGCAACAGGCGCGGUCAACAUGUACGAUCAAGCGACGAGGAUUUCUUGCAACGUGGUGGCAACGGGUGGUCUGGAACAGAUUAUGGCGCGGUUUUGGGCUUGCGAGGAAAUAGAAUCGGCAGUAAUUUAUUCACCAGAAGAGCUGCGAUGCGAGGAGCACUAUGUGCAAACGGUGGAGAGAGGCAACGACGGUCGAUACACGGUAUCACUUCCGCAAAAUGAGAAUGGGUUUGAAACGGUGGGCGAGUCGAGGGACAUCGCCAUGCGACGAUUGCAGAGUAUUGAACGUAGACUUCUGAGGGAACCAGAGUUGCGUCAGGAAUACAACAAGUUUAUGCAGGAAUACCGAGAAUUGGGACACAUGCAUAAGGUACACAUCAAUCCAGCCGACGAUAAAAAGAGGUGUUAUCUUCCGCAUCAUCCAGUGGUAAAACAAUCCAGCACAACCACCAAGGUACGCGUGGUUUUCGAUGCGUCGUGUCGAACAAGCACAGGAAGGUCACUGAACGACGCAUUACUUUGCGGACCAGUCAUACAAGACGAUCUUCGAUCACUCAUACUUCGCAGCAGAACGAGACAGAUUAUGUUGGUAGCCGACAUUGAAAAAAUGUUCCGUCAAAUCAAGGUGCAUCCAAACGACAUGCCGUUUCAAAGUAUUUUGUGGCGUAAUUCACCUGACGAUGAGGUGGAAACUUAUGAAUUGGCAACGGUUACGUAUGGGACCAAACCUGCCCCAUUUUUGGCUACCAGAACUCUAAAGCAGCUGGCGAUGGAUGAAGGUGAACGUUUUCCUCAAGCGGCAAUAUCGUUGAUGCAUGACGUUUACAUGGACGAUGUUUUAACUGGAGGAGCCAAUGUUUCGGAAGUAGCUGAACUUCGUAGACAACUUGAGCUGUGCGCAACUAGUGGCGGAUUCUGCUUCAGAAAAUGGGCUUCAAAUUCUUCGGAGGUUCUCCUAGAUGUUUCCCCGGAAAACUUGGCAUUGAAAGAAGAGAUUGGUGUCGAUCUAGAUCCAGAUCCUGCAGUUCGCACGUUAGGGUUGACAUGGUUACCAGGAAGGGAUGUUCUCAAAUUUCAUUUCAACAUAGCGGAUUUGGAAGGCGUUGAAAAUUUAACCAAACGGAAGGUGUUGUCGUCCAUCGCUGCUCUGUUCGAUCCCCUAGGUUUCAUCGGAGCUGUAGUGACAUCGGCUAAGAUAUUCAUGCAAAGGAUUUGGUGCCUCAAGGGUGCUGACGGUAAGAGCGUAGAUUGGGAUCAAGCUUUGCCACACCAGAUGGCAGAAGACUGGCGCAAUUUUCACGAAAAACUCUCACUCCUGAAUAAUUUGACGAUAUCACGCUGUGUUAUCAUACCGAAUGCUACGGAAAUUCAGCUGCAUGUGUUCACAGAUGCCUCAGAACGCGCAUAUGGUGCCUGCGCGUAUUUUAGGAGCGUAGAUACAGAUGGCAGAGUAAAGGUAUCGCUGCUUACAUCCAAAUCGAAAAUAGCCCCCUUGAAAACGCAGUCAAUCCCUCGAUUGGAACUUUGCGGAGCUUUGCACGGAGCACAGCUUUCAGAAAUGGUCAUCAAGGCAGUCAAAUUCAAUCCCAAGGUAUUCUUCUGGUCUGAUUCAUCGUGCGUGCUGCAAUGGCUGAAGGCAACCCCCAGCACGCUUACGGUAUUUGUCGGAAACAGAGUUUCCAAGAUUCAACAAAUUACGGAGCAGCAUGUAUGGAAUCAUGUACCAGGAACCUGUAAUCCAGCGGAUCUCAUAUCGAGAGGUUUAUCACCAGGAGAUAUUAUCAACAACGAACUAUGGUGGGAAGGUCCUCAAUGGCUGAAAAACGACGACAGCAAUUGGCCUAACGCACCGGUAAAAUUCAAUGAAGACGAAGUAACUAAAGAAUUUCGACGUGAGGCGGUUCAGUGUUCGGCGGUCGAAAAAGAAGCAUUUGGAAGGUGGUACGUUAAGCAGUUUUCCACGUUCAGCGAUAUGGUUAGGAGGACGGCGUAUUUGCGACGGUAUUUGAAGCCAAUUCAGAAACGAACGCAAGCCGAAGGCUUUCUGACUACGGAAGAGCUGAAGGAAGCGGAAUUCAUCAUCAUUCGCCACGCACAACAAGAAGACCUAAGCGAAGAAUGGAAAGCACUCAAAAAGCAGCAGCCUGUUCCACGAAGCUCGCAGUUACGGUUUUUUAACCCGAUGCUUUCAGAAGACAACCUUAUCCGAGUUGGUGGUCGACUCAGACAUUCUAGCGAAGCAGAGAAUACGAAACACCCGAUAGUCCUUCCUGCAAGACACCCGAUAACCAGAAUGAUUAUAGAACACUACCACAAGUGUUUGCUCCACGCCAGCCCGCAACUACUACUCGCAACAGUGCGGCUAAAGUACUGGCCACUUGGAGGUCGGAAUGUCACCCGGAAUGUGGUACAUCAGUGUCAGCGUUGUUUCCGAGUAAAGCCGAAGGCCAUCCAGCAGUUCAUGGGCGAACUUCCAGCAGCCCGAGUCACCGUUGCUGCACCCUUUAGUCGCACUGGUGUAGACUACUUUGGUCCGGUUUAUCUACGCCUUGCUCCCCGUAGACCAGUUUCUAAGGGUUACGUCGCCCUUUUCGUCUGCAUGACUACGAAGGCCGUACACUUCGAGCUGGUGUCUGAUUUGUCGACGGAACGGUUCAUUCAAGCGUUAAGGAGAUUCACCGCAAGACGAGGAAAAUGUUCAGACAUUUACUCGGACAAUGGGACGAAUUUUGUAGGCGCCGACAACCAGCUCCGUAAACUACUAUCUAGCGAAGCUCACAAGGAGAAAAUGGCACGAGAAUACGCAGGAGAAGGAAUCAAGUGGCAUUUCAAACCGGCCGGCGCGCCGCACUUUGGAGGAUUAUGGGAGGCGGCGGUACGAUCGGCGAAACACCAUUUGAUACGCGUCUUGGGGGACAAUCCAGUCAAUCCUGAAGAUUUCACCACAUUGUUGGUUCAAGUAGAGGCCUGCUUGAACUCACGACCAAUUACAUCGCAGUCAGAAGAUCCCAACGACUUGGAACCUCUGACUCCCGGACACUUCAUAAUUGGCAAACCAAUACAGCAACUACCAGAUCCGGACUUCUCCAAAAUUCCCAUGAACAGACUUCACUACUGGCAGGCAGUUCAGAAACAACUACGAGAAUUCUGGAAGAGAUGGCGAACGGAGUAUCUUACGCAGCUACAGGGACGAGCUAAACGUUGGCAACCGCCAAUCAAGAUUGCUGAGGGUCAGCUCGUCGUAAUGCGUGAGGAAGGUUUACCACCAGCCCGGUGGAAAUUGGCACGCAUUCUUCAACUACACCCUGGGGAUGACGGGGUCGUCCGCGUGGUGACCUUAAAAACAGCAAAGGGCUCGACGACGCGACCUGUGGAGAAGAUCUGCAUACUUCCACCGGUAGAUUCUAACGAAGACUAUUUGGUAUCUCCUGAUCAAGAUUAG